GUCGAUGAUGACCGUCGCCUUUAAAACCUUGAAGCCGAGUUAAGUGCUAUGACCUUUCUGCUCGACCAGACAGCAUGAAGCCCUCAAACGGCAGGAUUAGUUCAGUCUGUGUUUCUUCAGUGGUCGGCAGGCUGAUAAGAAAACGGUCGUUCUGAAUGACCGUGAAAACACGUGGCUGGCUUUUCUGUUCUCCUCCACUCUAGAGGACUCGUUUAAAGUCAAUUUACGGAGAGCUCCAGCGUAAACGGACGAAACACCACCAAUUACCUCCUCUGGACUUACCGCCCCUGCUCUUAUUGCCCCUGCUUCACUGCCAGCCAGGGGUGGAAUGAUGUCCAUUUACUCAAGUACUUUACCGAGGUGCAGCUUUCGGGAAUAGACAAGUGGGACGGCCUCGACGAGAGGAACAGCUAUGCCCCGUUCCUCUCUGGUAUUCACCUCCUCCCCUGGGCGCAGCCUCUGUUGUCACGAGAGAGUCGCACAGAUUCUCACACAAGCAAUAACAAGAAAGGUCAAUACCAGAAAAAACAAACAAACAAACAGAAACUGUUCAGAUCUGGCUCGUCCUGCCUGGUGAAAUCCAAGAGAACUGCCUCUCCCAUCUCUGACGGUGAAACUGACCGAACAAGCUUCUGCACGAAUAGAUUCUGUGAGACAUCAUGGAGGCAGGUGCAGUUUUCCCGCUGCUGUUCGCAUUACUGGGGACUGCGGCGGCUCUCAGCUUUUAUGGAGAUAGCAUCAGUUUCAUGCCUCCGCAGAAGAAGGAGGACGGGGCAUUUAGGGUGACCUUCCAUCAUAGACAGAAUGGCAGGAGCAGCUGUCAGGAUCAGCCGUCCUUGACAUGUGAGAGUGGGGUCUGCACGAGCUUUGAUACGUCAAGAGUCCGGCAAACGGAGCAGGAUGACACGGGCCGAGGCAGGUGGUGCCAGUCCGAAGGACACACAACAGCAGUCGUCUCGACGAAUAAAACCUCCUUUUCUCUGAGGGGCUCGGGCUGCUGCUGGGUGUCUAAUGUGGACGGAAAAACAAACUGGACCGCUCACGCGGAGCUGGACCUGGGAACCCGAUCUGACUCGCACGCCCUCAACAGCUGUCCUGUGACAACCACAGUGUCUUCUUUAAGGGUGCCUCAGAACUGUUUUACAAGGAUUCGACUUCUGGCCCGUGAUCCGGAUGGAGACGACGUGAGAUGCCGCUUCAGUUCAGACGCCCCAGUUCCCUCAAACUUUGCCGUGGACAAGGCCACGUGCACACUGACAAGUACUGGUCAGGUCGACCCUGGCGUCCGGGUGUUUGAGCUGAUGCUGGAGGACUUCCCCACCCAAGACAUCACUCUGACCUACGCCGAUGGAACAUCAGCAUUUCGGGAGGCCUUCGACGUGAACUCCCCACCUCUCUGCAAAGUCAAGCUCCAGUUCUCGGUGGAGAUCCUGCCUCCAAUACCGAGCUGUGAAGCUGGUCACGUGCAGCCCAUCUUCUUGUCUGAGACCCCUUCGCACGGUGAUGUUCUUCACGCCACUGUGGGUCAGACGUUCCAGCUUUAUGCCCAGGCACAGGCUCACCAUGCCAGCAUACGCGACUUCCAGGUCAGCGGCCCUCAGAACAUGAGCAAAGCGUUCAAAGACGAUGAGAAUGGGAAAGCUGAAGUCACUUUGAGCUGGACACCGCAGCCCAGCGAUCUGUACAGACUCGCCCCAGUCUGCUUCACCGCAGAGACAAACGCCACCCAGUCGGAGAUGAGGUGUGUCGUUGUCAUGGUGACACAAGCAUCAAUCAUUCAAGGCAAGGCCACUGUUGAAUGCUCACCCAACAAGAUGACGGUGGCCCUCAGCAGAGCUUCCAUGCCUGGCAUCGACGAGAACUACCUGACGCUGAGCGACCCGUCCUGCUCGCUCACCUCCAACAGCACUCACAUCAUGGGCAGCAUGUCAUUCAGCGCCUGUGGCACAGAAGUCGAGGAUAAAGGUGACUCUAUCGCUUUCAAGAACGAGAUCAACUCCUUCGAGCUGCCCGACGAGAUCAUAACCCGGAGGCGGACAGUUCAGAUCGGCUUCUCCUGCCAGUUUCCCAAAACCGUCAGCGUCUCCAGUUACUACAAUCUCCACAAGUCUGACUACAUUUUCACCGAGUCCAGCUUUGGCAGCUUCGGCUAUGCUUUUGAGAUAUUCAGAGACGGCAACUUCACGAGUAAGGUGGAGGCCAGCGCCUACCCAGUGGAGGUCAUGCUGUUGCAGAAGAUCUAUAUGGGCAUCCAAGCGGAAUCGGAGCUGCCAAAUGUGAAUCUGUUUGUCGAAUCUUGCAAAGCCACUCCUGAUGACAACCCUGAAAACACCCUCUCCUACGACCUCAUCAAGAACGGGUGUCUAGAAGAUGAGACGAUUCAAGUCCACCCAUCUAAUCACACUUCCUUCAACUUUGAGGUUCAAGCCUUCAGAUUUACCGGAAACUAUGAGCAGGUCUACAUCACCUGCUCCGUCAUCCUGUGCGAGUCUGGCAGUCCUUUUUCCAGAUGUGCCCAGGGCUGUCUGAAGAAUCCAUCCCGCAGACGCAGGCGUAGGCUGCACAGGGAGACGGCCGGGCACUACAUCUCCCAGGGUCCUUUGCGGUUUGUCGGAACGGCUGUUCCCAGUGCAGCCGUGGGUGAUAACGAUGUGAUGAAAAAGAGUGGCAAGCCUCCUGCAGUGAGUCCUCCACCAGUUUCUCCAGACACCAAGUCAAGCAGAGGAGGUUGGGAAAUGAGGCAGAUCCUCAGCAACAACAUCAGCACCGUGGUCUUUGCCAGUGCCUUCCUAGUGUCAGUGGUGUUGAUGGCUGUGGUUGUUCGUUACUUCCACAAGAAGAGAAGAGAAGAAGACCGCAGUGCUCUUAUAGUUUCAGGGUGGGAGAACUAAACCCAGCUAAUCUCAGUUUUACACACCAUUUUGUUUGUUUAUUAGAAGAUAGGUUCACAUUUUUUAAAAGCCUGUCUUACAAUACUCACAUGGCCACAAUAUGUACAUUCAUUCAUGAUUCCUCCGGUUCAUACAUUAAAACCCGUCACUCAAAAAACCCGCCAUUAAAAGAUCCCUCCCUAACAAGCUUGUCAAAACAGAAGGAGUAGGGGGACAAAAGCAACAGUCCUUGUUCUGUGUAAAAACCGGUACCUGAGGCUAAUGCCAGGCUUCAGCAGUCUGAGUUAGACAACUCAAGUGUCUUCCAAAGUUAUUGCCCUUUCAGCACAGAACUGACUCUGUGGACGGUUUUUCUUGCUGCAGGCGAGGGACCGUAGGACAAAGAGGGAAAGUGGCACUAACAAGACUUUAACCUUGGAAGAUACUCACUUGAUUUGACUACCUCAGGCUGAUGACGCUUCAGAUUGGCUUCAGUUAAACUUUGAGGUGCAUUUUGGCACCGUCGAGGACUGCAGAUGUGGAACCCCAUCUCUCCUACUGAAAGCAUGCUAUGAAGGGAUCUUAGAAUGGCCAGUGUGAACAGGAGGAAUGAUUACAGCAAAAUUAAAAAAAUGUAUAGUGUUCACACGAACACUUGACUGUUGUUUUAAGACAACUUUGAAAAAAUGUGAACCUACCCUUUAAAUGGUUUCUCUUUCGAGGUUCAUAAGAAUCUUUGUGAUGGGGCGUCCUAGGGUGGUGGUAGGUUGGUCUAAGAUGCCUAAUGCGUGAUAGCACUCCUGGAUUGGUUCUGGCAAGGGUCACAUGUAGUCGUCAUUUCUGUCUCUCUAUACUAUAUUGCUGUCAAAGGCACAAGCCAUAAAAAGGAUCUUAAAAAUCAAUCUUAAGAUAAGGUACAUUGAUAGCGCAUUGCACCAUACACAGGAAGAACUAAUGAAGGUUUCUCUGAAAAUUAUUUUGGUUUCUGUUUGUUCUGUUCUUAUUCAUCUGCAGCUCAGAGUUCACUUAACCAGUUUCAGACCAGUUCUGGUUGUGGGCGAGCGAACAAAAUUGCACUCUGGCUGGUUUUGCAGAAUUUUUUCCUUGCCGCAGCCCUUAUCGUGUCAACUUUUUGUAGAUACAUUCCCAGCUAAUGUCAUGUUGAAAGGUUGUUAGGUACUUUACAGUAAUAUUAGUAAAUUGGUAUUUUUGUAUUUGGCUUUGUUAAGGGCCCAUUUAUAAUUAACUUUAGACCAUUAACUUUAUAAACCACAGGUGUAUUCAUAGAUAUAUUUGAAGAGUUGGACUUAUGGAUGAAAAAUGGGGAUGUUGCGGCAUUCUCUGGAAAUAUUACAUAUUACUGAUUUUAUUUAUAAUAUUACUGAUGUAUUUAUAAUGAUCGGUGAAAUAAACAAAGAUGUAGAGUUAGUCCAUCUAAUGAAAGACAUGUCAAACUAUUUUGGU